AUGGCAUAAAGAAAGAUUAAUAUGGAUUUAAGACAAGAAACUACUCAAGUGUUCUAUAAUUAUUGGAAAUCGGAUAAUUAAUAUAUUUUUUGCAACAUGGUUAACGGUAAUUACGUGUUAUAUGGGGACAGACCGUCCUCAGAUUCAGAGAUUGUUUGCGAUCACGUUCAAACACGCACGGCUGAAAGAAAAACUAAGAGAAAAACAAAUAAAACUACAUCUGCUAAUGAAAGACAUUCACGUAAUGUAGCCGAGCUUGACAAUGAGACAGAUGCCGUUAAAUACGAGAAGAAAAUAAAGGAGCCGAGACUUUUGCGUUACGUUCCAACUACAGAUGUUGAAGAAAACUUUGUCACGGAAAAGUAUGAAACAUACGAUUUGAAACUCGAAGAACCACCAAAAAAGCAUACUUUUACAAAGAAGCCUAAAAAUCCGGCCGAUGGUUCAAUAAAUUACGCUUAUUCGCAUUCCAGUAGCAGCUGCAGCUCACCGAAUUUACCGACGAUAUCUGAGCACGGUGAACAGUAUGGCACUUAUCGGGUCAGAUCUCCGCAACUUCCGAAUGCUAACGAUAUACAGGGUUAUGAUACCAAGCUCGACAAAUACUUCGCUAAGCCGCGAGAAGUGAAGACAUUUGCAGCUAAGGUAGGAUACAACGGUUCACAUCCAGACAGCUUAUAUCGCGUGGCGAAUGACAGUGGCGCCGGUUCAAACCAGUUCGUCCGGGCGUUACGUGUGCUGCGAUGGCCGCUCGCACUCUUCACCGUAUGCGUCGCGCUUGCAGUAUUCGUUUAUUUCCUUAUGCCAGUUAACAUGGACGCUGACUCAGACUCGGUGAAUGCUACAUAUUGGGCAGAAAGUAUUUCAGAGGCUCAAACACAUAAUAAUCGAAACAAAAUGGCUAUCAAACCAACUUUGCAAACAGGAACAGAAAAGUCGCGACCGCCAGGUUCAAACCCACCGGAAAUCGACUUUUAUGAUUCUGACCACAACAACUAUGAUUUAUCUUCUAUAGUUGAUAUAGUAACUGAAAAACUACCGAAAAGAAAACUACCCCUUCCACCCAUAUUUCCUACCCACAUAGCUCCAGAGGUUCAAUAUGGAAAUGAGGAAGCAGAUUCAGAAAGCUCUCGUUCUCCCAAAUUACUCAAGGUUACUACAACUGUGCCUAGUGAUUCUACACUAAAACCACACAUAACUCAGAAACCAGAAAAACCACUUGCUGUUUAUUUUAAAGACGGCAAUGCAAUUACAACUACGAGUACAGAAGGGGUAACAAUAACUGAAAGCAUCACACACGCGGAAUCAUCCAACGAUAUAGCUAAUUAUCUUAAACAACAGGCAAAAAUAAAUAUAAUGAAAUAUUCAAAGCCAGAAAUACAAGUUGAACAAGUUUCUCCAUCUUCUGUGCCUUUACCACAAUUUGAUACUGCAAAAAUGAAGCAACUCUUCGUACCAAAGCCAGACGUUCCUCCUGAAGUGCAAGAAUAUUACAGUCGGCCAGCCGUCAACAGAGAUGUCAAAUUCACCUCAGGUCAUUCAAAACUUUUCGGUAUUUCAAUAGAAGACGCGGAAAAUAUGAAGUCUACUACUCAAAAUUCACUUUAUAACACAAGGGUGUCCCCAACUCUACCAACAUGGCGGGACCGAGAUGAUUCCACAACAAAAAAAUAUCCUAUAAAUGGUAACUUCGAUGUGCCUCAAUGUCGUUCCACACGCCUGCCUCUAUGCCGCGGAGUUCUGCCGUAUGACUUAGCGGGAGCCCCGGCCACCGUUGGCAUGGUGGACGUAACGACCUUGCUACCACAAAUAGAAUAUCUCGUCAGCACUAACUGCAGCUUAAGAGUCAGGCACUUCGCUUGUUCGCUUCUCGAGCCAGAAUGCAGUCCGCCACCAUACUCCCCGAAACUGCCAUGCUAUAACUUUUGCAAAGCGAUCGUCGACAGCUGUGAUGGUAUGUUGCCAACGGAUCUCCAGGCCAUGUUCGCUUGCAAUCAGUACUCUAGUAGCAACUGUGCAACUGCUCGCGCUCCUUGCUUCUCGCGUGAACUUGCAUGUGGAGACGGUUCCUGUGUGCCAAGAGACUGGAUCUGCGACGGAACCAGAGAUUGUCCAGGCGGCGAAGAUGAGAUGCCUUGUUCAGCUUGCGAAAAUAACGAAUAUCGCUGCAGCUCCGGCCUUUGCAUCACAAAGCGAUGGCUUUGCGAUGGAUACGCUGACUGUCCUAGUGGAGAAGAUGAACAAGAAGACUUAUGUCGAAGAAGACUUCGAGCUGAAGGCGGCUACGGAGAGGACGUGGGGGAGCCUGGAGAGGAAUUAGCUGGUUCAGCUCCAGCACCAUCAGUUCGCAAACCGAACAGGCUGCAUGUUCCACAAAAUAGAAACUAUGCUGCACUUCGUAAUGCAGGAGAUACUGACAGCAGUCAGGAAUUACUCAUGACUAGCGACAGCAACAAUGCUUUAAGGCGUAACUUCACACGGCGGCCUUCUUUGUCACGCUUAAGCCCAUAUAAACGUCCUAAACCACUUGAAUUCAAACAUGAUUCAGAAGAAAAUAACGAGAAUGCAAGUGCAGCACCAAUAAUACAUCAACAUCAAAACAGAACUAGAAAACCUAAUUCUAAAAAUGUAAAUAUAAAUGAAGACAAUUUAGAUGAUUCACCAGAAAAUGUUAACUUGGAAGAUCUCGGAUUAUUCGGUGAUGUUGAGAAAGAGAAAAAAGAAGAACAGACGGAGAGAAAGGGACAAAAAAAACAACCAUUCAGGCCAAUGAAUCGAGCGACUGACUUAGUGGAAUCAACUAAGUUAGACAAAACUAUAAAUACACUAGAAAAAGUUAUCGAUGGAGCUGGCAUGUUGAGGAAAGCGGCUCGUGACAACCGCGAAGAAACUGUAGACUCUCCAGAGAGCACCCACACCGCGGACGCGACCGACGGCGCGGCGGGCGCCCACAACAGCGCCCACAACAGCGCCCACGCGUCGCCGUGCCCCAGCGGCGAGCUGCGCUGCGUGGAUGGGCGCUGUAUCACCUUCGCUCAGCUCUGCGAUGGCACCAUCGACUGUUCCGACCACGCCGACGAAGACAACUGCUACACGUGAUUAUAUUAAAGCAAACGUAUAUAGGGUAACUAAGAACACUAUUUAAUUCCAGACCCAAACAUGAACUUUAAAGGAACUUAGACUUUUAAAAUAUUUCUGGCUCUGUAGUGAAGUCGUGCUCAUAAGAAAUAGCAUUAUGUAAUAA